CCAGAUACAAAAAAAACCUGAUGGAUUGGGAUUUUUUUCACAAUUUUGGGAAAUCGUUAGGAACCAUGACGACCAUGGCCAGAGCGGCGAGAGCGACUGUGAUCCGCGGUGCGUCUCCCGGCGGCGCAAGUUCUGCCGCACUGAACAAGGCGAAGGCCAGCGGCGUCGGCGGCGGCGGCCACUUUGAAUCGCGGCCCGGUGGUUCGAGUGGUGCAGCCAAUCUCAAAGGAGAGAACGCAGCAGGUUCGGCGAGCGAGCAUCACGUGAAGGCAGCUGCGAUCGCGGCGCACAACUACAGACCUGGUGGAGGAGCUUAUGCAGAGUUUCUCAAAGAUGAGGAGGUUCUGGAGAAGUGUUUGAGCAUGUGGGAGCAUCCCGACCGCACUUCCUGCCAGAAUCGAGCUUCGACUCUUGUGAAACAUUUGGAAGAGAAUGCUAAAGGAAUGACCAUUAAUGCAGAGCCGGUAUUUGUGCCAACCUCCAACCGCAAGAAGAUUCAAUCCAGCUUCUGGGAAGAGCUCCUUGAAAAGUGUGUGAAGGAGCAUGGAAGUUUCACGCAAAAGUGCGAUAUCCAAAGGCAAAGGGUGUACGAGUGCUUUGGCUCUUAUUAUGACGGUGGUAUUAUUAGCACUUAAUUGAUUCUGUCUGCACAAGUAAUUGAUGAUUGAAAUGCAACAUUGUUAUUAGCACUUAAUUGUUUUUUUGGAAUAAAAUAGGAAGUCGGGCUACUAAAUUAUCUGCAGCUAAAUAAAGUAGCAGAAUGUCUGGAUGAAAUACGCUGCUUGACAUGCUUAGUUCAUUCUGUUAUCCAAAUUCCUAUUUGUACACAUGCUUUCUCGACAGCAUUUGUGCACAUGCU